AUUCAUACCCAUAUUUGGUUGACUUCCAACCUUUAUUAAUGGAGAGAAAGCCCGAAGGGAGUCACUGGUUCCAUCAUUCUCUUGACAGGGUUGACAAUAAGAGCAAGAUUUCACAUAUCCAGGGGACUGAAAUAAAGCUCAGGCUGAAACAUGGGUGAUGCCGCCAUGGCAGAGUUUGGGGCUGCUGCUUCUUUUCUGAGGAAAUCGGAUAAGGAGCGUCUGGAGGCCCAGACUCGCCCCUUCGACAUGAAGAGAGAGUGCUUCGUACCUGACCCAGAGGUUGAGUACGUAAAAGCAACCAUCCAAAGUCGUGAUGGUGACAAAGUCACUGCUAAUACAGAAUUUGGAAAGACUGUCACUGUGAAGGAGUGUGAUGUACAUCCUCAGAACCCGCCAAAGUUUGAUAAAAUUGAAGACAUGGCCAUGUUCACCUUCCUCCAUGAGCCAGCUGUGCUGUUUAACCUCAAAGAGCGUUACGCAGCAUGGAUGAUCUAUACCUACUCUGGGCUGUUCUGUGUGACUGUCAACCCCUACAAGUGGCUGCCAGUCUACAACCAAGAGGUGGUCGUUGCCUACAGAGGAAAGAAGAGGAGUGAAGCUCCUCCUCACAUCUUCUCCAUCUCUGACAAUGGCUACCAGUACAUGCUGGCAGAUCGAGAAAACCAGUCAAUCCUCAUUACCGGAGAAUCUGGAGCUGGAAAGACUGUAAACACCAAGCGUGUCAUUCAGUACUUUGCCAGCAUUGCUGCUGCGCCUGGAGUUGGGAAGAAAGAUGCUGCAAGUGAAAAGAAGGGUACCCUGGAGGAUCAAAUCAUUCAGGCUAACCCGGCUCUGGAGGCUUUUGGCAAUGCCAAAACCAUCAGGAAUGACAACUCCUCCAGAUUUGGUAAAUUCAUCCGAAUCCACUUUGACAAUAGAGGAAAGCUUGCCUCUGCUGAUAUUGAAACCUAUCUCCUGGAAAAGUCACGUGUCACCUACCAGCUCAAAGCUGAGAGGGAUUAUCACAUUUUCUACCAGAUCCUGUCUCAGGCAAAGCCUGAACUUUUGGAGAUGCUACUCAUCACCAACAACCCCUAUGAUUACGCGUUCAUCUCCCAAGGAGAGACAACAGUGGCUUCCAUCAAUGACUCUGAAGAGCUGAUGGCUACUGAUGAAGCUUUUGAUGUGCUGGGAUUCACUCAAGAAGAAAAAAACAGUAUGUACAAGCUAACUGGGGCCAUUAUGCAUCAUGGCAACAUGAAGUUUAAGAACAAGCAGAGAGAGGAGCAGGCAGAGGCUGAUGGCACUGAAGAUGCUGACAAAGUUGCAUAUCUGAUGGGCCUGAACUCUGCUGACCUAAUCAAAGGUCUCUGUCACCCAAGGGUCAAAGUGGGGAAUGAGUGGGUCACCAAGGGACAAAAUGUUGCCCAGGUGUACUAUGCUAUUGGUGCACUUUCUAAGUCGGUUUAUGAGAAGAUGUUCCUGUGGAUGGUCAUGAGAAUUAAUCAGUCUCUUGACACCAAGCAGCCUCGUCAGUACUUCAUUGGAGUGCUGGACAUUGCUGGGUUUGAGAUCUUUGAUUUCAACACCUUCGAGCAGCUGUGCAUCAACUUCACAAAUGAAAAACUGCAACAGUUUUUCAACCACCACAUGUUUGUGCUGGAGCAGGAAGAGUACAAGAAAGAGGGAAUAGAGUGGGAGUUCAUUGACUUUGGUAUGGAUCUGCAGGCCUGUAUUGACCUGAUUGAAAAGCCCAUGGGUAUCAUGUCCAUCCUUGAAGAGGAGUGCAUGUUUCCCAAAGCCUCUGAUGCUACAUUUAAAGCUAAGCUUUAUGACAAUCAUCUGGGGAAAUCAAACAACUUCCAGAAGCCUAGAGUUAUCAAAGGCAAACCAGAGGCCCAUUUUGCCCUGGUCCACUAUGCUGGAACUGUUGAUUAUAAUAUCAACAACUGGCUGGUGAAGAACAAGGAUCCUCUGAAUGAGACCGUUGUUGGGCUGUACCAGAAGUCUACACUCAAACUGCUUGGUAUUCUGUUUGCAAACUAUGCAGGAGCCGAUUCAGUUCAGGAAUCUGGAGGAAAAGGCAAGGGUGGAACUAAAAAGAAAGGUUCAUCUUUCCAAACUGUAUCUGCCCUGCACAGGGAGAACCUGAAUAAGUUGAUGACCAACCUGAGGUCUACCCACCCCCACUUUGUACGCUGCAUCAUCCCCAACGAGACCAAGACUCCUGGGGCCAUGGAGAACCCUCUGGUGAUGCACCAGCUGCGCUGUAAUGGUGUGCUGGAAGGCAUCAGGAUCUGUAGGAAAGGCUUCCCCAACAGGAUCCUCUAUGGAGACUUCAAGCAGAGAUAUCGCAUUUUAAACCCCAAUGCCAUUCCUGAGGGUCAAUUCAUUGACAACAAAAAAGCUGCUGAGAAAUUGUUGGGGUCUUUGGAUAUAGACCACAACCAGUACAAACUUGGGCACACCAAAGUGUUCUUCAAGGCUGGACUUCUGGGUCAGCUAGAGGAGAUGCGAGAUGAUCGGCUGGCAUUAAUUAUCACUGGCAUCCAAGCUCGCUCACGAGGUCUUCUGGCUCGAAUUGAAUUCCAAAAGAUUGUGGAACGAAGGGACGCACUACUUGUGAUUCAGUGGAACAUCCGCGCCUUCAUGGGGGUCAAGAAUUGGCCUUGGAUGAAGUUGUACUUCAAGAUCAAACCUCUGUUAAAAUCAGCUGAGACUGAGAAGGAGAUGGCCAACAUGAAGGAGGAGUUUACCAAACUCAAAGAGGCUUAUGCAAAAUCAGAAGCUCGUAGGAAGGAACUAGAGGAGAAAAUGGUCUCUCUUCUCCAAGAGAAGAAUGACCUGCAGCUCCAAGUCCAAACUGAGCAAGAUAAUCUGUCUGAUGCUGAGGAACGAUGUGAGGGCCUGAUCAAGAGUAAGAUUCAACUGGAAGCAAAAAUCAAGGAACUGACAGAAAGACUGGAGGACGAGGAGGAGAUGAAUGCUGAACUGACAGGCAAGAAGAGAAAGCUGGAAGAUGAAUGCUCUGAGUUAAAGAAGGAUAUUGAUGACUUAGAGCUAACUCUGGCAAAGGUGGAGAAAGAGAAACACGCUACAGAGAACAAGUUAAAUGGUUUUAAUGGCAAUUUCUCAAGGAAGAAGCUGGCUCAGCGUCUGCAGGAGGCUGAGGAGGCUGUUGAAGCAGUGAAUGCCAAAUGCUCCUCUCUGGAGAAGACCAAACACAGACUGCAGAAUGAGAUUGAAGAUCUCAUGGUGGAUGUGGAGAGGUCUAAUGCUGCUGCUGCUGCUCUGGACAAGAAGCAAAGGAACUUUGACAAGGUUUUGUCAGAGUGGAAACAGAAGUAUGAAGAGUCUCAGUCAGAGUUAGAGAGUUCUCAGAAAGAAGCCAGAUCUCUGAGCACAGAACUCUUCAAACUUAAAAACUCCUAUGAAGAGUCUCUUGAACAUCUGGAGACCAUGAAGAGGGAAAACAAGAACCUUCAAGAGGAAAUAUCUGACCUCACUGAGCAAAUUGGUGAGGGAGGAAAGAACAUUCAUGAGCUUGAGAAGAUUCGGAAGCAGCUGGAACAAGAAAAGUCCGAGAUACAGACAGCUCUUGAGGAAGCAGAGGCCUCACUGGAGCAUGAGGAAGGCAAGAUUCUCAGAGUCCAGCUUGAGUUGAACCAAAUAAAAGCUGACUUUGAGCGGAAGCUGGCUGAGAAAGAUGAGGAGAUGGAACAAGUAAAGCGAAACCAGCAGCGGAUGGUGGAUACUCUCCAGAGCUCCCUUGAGUCUGAAACUCGCAGUAGGAAUGAAGCCCUUCGUCUGAAAAAGAAGAUGGAGGGAGACCUCAACGAGAUGGAGAUCCAGCUUAGCCAAGCCAACAGGCAGGCGGCUGAGGCCCAGAAGCAGCUCAAGUCGGUUCAUUCACAUCUGAAGGAUGCUCAACUCCAACUUGAUGAUGCUCUGAGAGCCAAUGAUGACAUGAAGGAAAACAAUGCCAUUGUUGAAAGACGCAAUAACCUGCUUCAGGCUGAAGUAGAGGAACUGAGGGGCGCUUUAGAGCAAACUGAACGAAGCCGCAAACUUGCUGAGCAAGAGCUGCUGGAUGUUAGUGAACGGGUGCAGCUACUGCACUCACAGAACACCAGCCUGAUAAACCAGAAGAAGAAGCUGGAGGGUGAUAUUGCUCAGCUUCAAACUGAAGUGGAGGAGGCUGUGCAGGAAUGCAGAAAUGCUGAAGAGAAGGCCAAGAAGGCCAUCACUGAUGCUGCCAUGAUGGCUGAGGAGCUGAAGAAAGAGCAGGACACCAGCGCUCACCUGGAGCGCAUGAAGAAGAACAUGGAGCAGACCAUCAAAGAUCUGCAGCACCGUCUGGAUGAAGCUGAACAGAUCGCCAUGAAGGGAGGCAAGAAGCAGAUCCAGAAGCUCGAGGCCAGGAUCAAAGAACUGGAAAAUGAAGUGGAGGCUGAACAAAGAAGGUCCAGUGACUCCAUCAAGGGAAUUCGCAAAUAUGAGCGACGCAUCAAAGAACUGACAUAUCAGACAGAGGAAGAUCGUAAGAAUCUGUCCCGUCUGCAAGAUCUGGUGGACAAACUACAGCUAAAGGUCAAAUCCUACAAGAAAGCUGCGGAGGAGGCAGAGGAACAGGCCAACAACAAUCUCACCAAGUUCCGCAAGAUUCAACAUGAGCUUGAUGAAGCUGAGGAGAGAGCCGAUAUUGCAGAGUCUCAGGUCAACAAGCUACGUGCCAAGAGUCGCGAUGUGGGGUCAAAGAAAGGGCACGAUGAAGAGUAAGGGAGAUGGAAUGAAUCCCUACUUCAGAGGCACUUCUUAUCUUCAUGGUGUCUCCCUAUGCAUGUAGUUUGUUCAGUAGAAUAAAGUGAAUCUGCAUCUCAAAGUGGA